AUACCAUUAUUAUAUGGUGCAAGUUUGUCACUUUCUUGGAUUAGCAUUCUUUAGAUGAAAAAUCCACUUUUAUAUGGUCAUUUCUUGCAGCUAAAUCUUCAUUUAUCAUAAAAAAGAUCAAAUUUUUUGGAUUACUCUGUAAAAACUACUGUGUUGUCAGCAAGAACAACACCAUAGUAGUAGCAAAUAGCAAGCAUUGUGCUUUUUCUCACUCCAAUUAUCACUCUCUUUCUCCUUUUUUGUGUUUUGGGGUUUAGUGAUCUGAACCCCAUGUUUUCCACAUCUUAUUGUCUCAAGAUUUGACAUGGGGGUCUUCAAGAAUCAACCUCAUUAGGUGACAAAGAUUGUAGCUUUCUUGAUUUUUGUUGUAGUGGGGUUUUUUUUUAGUUGAAUGUUAAUGCAAAUGUUCAAAUGUUGUUGCUUUGUGGAUCAUCUAUGGAGUUUUAUUUUCACCACAUAUGGUUUAUUGUAGCUUUGUUUCUUGCUUUUGCUUCACUUGUUUUCACUGUCACUGACCCUAAUGACUUGUCUGUUAUUAAUGAGUUCAGAAAAGGGUUGGAAAAUCCUGAGGUCUUGAAAUGGCCUGAAAAUGGUGGAGACCCUUGUGGUUCUCCAGUUUGGCCACAUAUUGUGUGUAGUGGUAGUAGAAUUCAGCAGAUUCAAGUUAUGGGGUUAGGGUUAAAAGGCCCUUUACCUCAAAACUUGAAUAAGUUGUCUAGGUUGACACAUUUGGGGUUGCAAAAGAAUCAAUUUAGUGGAAAGUUGCCAUCUUUUAGUGGUUUAUCUGAAUUGAGCUUUGCUUACUUGGAUUUCAAUCAGUUUGACACAAUCCCAUUAGAUUUUUUUGAUGGACUUGUGAAUCUACAAGUUUUGGCUUUAGAUGAAAAUCCUCUAAAUGCUACUAGUGGUUGGUCAUUGCCAAAUGGGCUUCAAGAUUCAGCUCAGUUGAUCAAUUUAACAAUGAUAAACUGCAAUUUAGCUGGUCCUUUGCCUGAAUUUCUUGGAACUAUGUCUUCUUUAGAGGUUUUGCUGUUGUCUACAAAUAGGCUUUCAGGGCCUAUUCCAGGUACUUUCAAGGAUGCAGUGCUGAAGAUGCUUUGGUUGAACGAUCAGUCGGGUGAUGGUAUGAGUGGUUCAAUAGAUGUUGUUGCAACUAUGGUAUCACUUACACAUCUUUGGCUUCAUGGGAAUCAAUUUUCAGGUAAAAUUCCAGUAGAGAUUGGUAAUCUAACAAAUCUGAAGGAUCUCAGUGUGAAUACAAAUAACCUUGUUGGAUUAAUCCCUGAAAGUUUAGCUAAUAUGCCAUUAGACAAUCUUGAUUUGAAUAAUAAUCAUUUUAUGGGACCAGUUCCUAAGUUCAAGGCUACUAAUGUUAGUUUUAUGUCCAACUCUUUUUGUCAAACCAAACAAGGAGCAGUAUGUGCCCCUGAGGUUAUGGCACUUUUAGAGUUUCUUGAUGGGGUGAAUUAUCCUUCUAGGCUUGUUGAAUCAUGGUCUGGAAACAACCCUUGUGACGGACGUUGGUGGGGAAUAAGCUGUGACGAUAACCAAAAAGUUAGUGUUAUAAACUUGCCCAAGUCUAAUCUUUCCGGGACCUUGAGUCCUUCAAUCGCGAACCUUGAAACCGUUACUCGCAUUUAUCUUGAAUCAAAUAAUCUUUCUGGUUUUGUUCCAUCUAGUUUGACUAGUUUGAAAUCUCUGUCUAUUCUUGAUUUGAGUAAUAACAAUAUUUCCCCGCCUUUGCCUAAAUUUACCACCCCUUUGAAACUUGUUCUAAAUGGAAAUCCAAAGCUGACUUCUAAUCCUCCGGGAGCAAAUCCUUCACCAAACAACAGCACAACUCCCGCAGAUUCACCCACGUCGUCUGUACCAUCUUCACGACCCAACAGUUCAAGCUCUGUGAUCUUUAAACCCGGUGAACAGUCACCUGAAAAAAAGGACUCGAAGUCAAAGAUAGCUAUAGUUGUGGUUCCUAUUGCUGGUUUUCUACUUUUGGUUUUUCUUGCUAUUCCACUGUACAUUUAUGUCUGUAAGAAGAGUAAAGAUAAGCAUCAAGCUCCAACUGCUCUUGUGGUUCAUCCCAGAGAUCCGUCUGAUUCGGAUAAUGUGGUCAAGAUUGCGAUUGCCAAUCAGACUAAUGGAAGUCUUUCCACAGUAAAUGCAAGUGGUUCUGCUAGCAUACACAGUGGUGAAUCCCAUAUGAUCGAAGCUGGGAAUUUGCUCAUAUCGGUUCAAGUACUUCGGAAUGUGACUAAGAAUUUUUCUCCGGAAAAUGAACUUGGGCGUGGUGGUUUUGGUGUGGUUUAUAAGGGAGAAUUAGAUGAUGGGACACAAAUAGCUGUCAAAAGAAUGGAGGCUGGUAUUGUUAGCAACAAAGCUUUGGAUGAAUUUCGAUCUGAAAUUGAUGUCCUCUCAAAAGUCCGGCAUCGACAUUUAGUGUCUCUACUGGGAUACUCUGUUGAAGGUAGUGAAAGAAUUCUGGUUUAUGAGUACAUGCCACAAGGUGCACUUAGUAGACAUCUUUUCCGCUGGAAAAACUUCAAGUUAGAGCCUCUCUCUUGGAAGAAAAGGCUUAAUAUUGCCUUAGAUGUUGCUAGAGGUGUGGAGUAUCUACACACACUAGCACAUCAGAGCUUCAUUCAUAGAGAUCUCAAAUCCUCAAAUAUCUUGUUGGGUGAUGAUUUCCGAGCAAAAGUAUCCGACUUUGGACUUGUGAAACUCGCUCCUGAUAAAGAGAAAUCUGUUGUCACCAGGCUGGCCGGAACUUUUGGAUAUCUGGCACCUGAAUAUGCUGUUACGGGUAAAAUCACCACAAAAGCUGAUGUAUUUAGCUUUGGUGUUGUGCUAAUGGAGUUGUUAACUGGGAUGAUGGCACUUGAUGAGGAUAGACCUGAGGAAAGCCAGUACUUGGUUUCGUGGUUCUGGAACGCCAAAUCCUCUAAAGAGAAGCUUAUGACAGUCAUUGAUCCAACUCUAGACGUGAAAGAUGAGAUAACCGAGAGCAUUUCCACCUUAGCUGAACUUGCUGGUCAUUGCACUGCAAGAGAACCUGGUCAACGGCCAGAUAUGGGCCACGCUGUAAACGUGCUGUCCCCACUUGUUGAGAAAUGGAAGCCUCUUGAGGAUGAUCCAGAGGACUAUUGUGGUAUCGACUACAGUCUUCCCCUCAAUCAAAUGGUCAAGGGCUGGCAAGAAUCGGAAGGAAAAGACUUAAGUUACGUGGACCUCGAGGACAGUAAGGGUAGUAUCCCAGCAAGACCAACUGGAUUUGCAGAUUCAUUUACAUCAGCUGAUGGUAGAUAAUGGAGGUACUUCUAUGUAGUAGAUGUAGAUAUCAAUUUUCUUUGUAUUGUAUUGAGAUUUUGAUCGUAUUCUCCACGUGCCUUCGUUCAUUUCUCCCCCUACAAUGUGAAUGUAUUAGAAAUUCAAACUAUGUGUAGCCUCAGUUCCUUCUGUAGAUAUAAAAUAGUGGUGAAGGAGAACUAUACAUCGCUCAGUUAAACUCUUCGCUCAGUCACUAUUUUCAUCUUCUACAUGGUGAGAUUUAAGAGCAUUUUGUACACCA